AACUGGCUCGCAAGGUGCCGUUCAUGUAACAUCCAGGAGGCAGCAACGUUAUAAAACCCACAGUUUAAAGGAAAUGAAUCACACAGACAUGUAACUGAGCUUCUUAUUAGCUGAGACGAUGCUGUGUUUGGGUGUGAACGCGGUGAGAUCGUCGCUGUCUUUACAGAAGCUGUGCAUCCUCUCGCUGCUCCACCUGAGACAUCAGUCCCAUAACUGCACGGUGCAGUCGUGGAGGAGAGGUCAAUACAGCGGUACCAUUCGCCGCUUCUCUUCUGGACCAGGUUCGCCUGCUCCUCCUGCACUGACUGACUCCUCCUCCUGCACUGAACCUGAACCCAGCCACAGUACCUCCACCUGGUCUCCUGACCAGGGCCCGUCGCCCGCUCCCACCCACUGCUGCAUGAGUGGCUGUCAUAACUGCGUGUGGAUCGAACAUGCAGAGCAGCUGCUGGCAUACUACCACGACGGUGGCGACCGUGCACUCGCCGCUAUAGAGGAGAACGUCCUUGAUGAGAACCUUAAAACCUACCUGAAGAUGGAGAUUAGGCUCUUGAAAAAGACAUGAUGGAUUCACCUCUGUGACAUCAUGGAGUGUAGAGUGAAGAAUCUUAAACUGACUGAGUGUGAGCACAGUAUAACACACUCCGGUCACAGAGUUUACCUCCAUGUUUUCACUUCCUCCUUCAGUUGGUCACACACACUGCAGAACAUUUCAGAAAGCUGCCACUAGGCACCAGGUCAGUAUGUGAACAGUAAGAGUAGCUGUUCUCCUCAAAAAUCCACCCGUCCUGCCUGAAAUAAUGAAGCCAGAAAGAAUGUUGGCAUUCUAAGUCUCUGCAAACCACAGAUACAUCACAUGUGCAUGUUAUUAUGCAGUGGUUAGUUGAGACUUUGUGUUUCAGCAACACUGUGAUUAAUGUGUGGUUAGGUUUUGGCACAAAAACCACUUGGUUGUGGUGAGGAAAAGAUCAUGUUUGGGCUAAAUGAAUCCCAGUUUUGGUGGCACAAUCACAGCUGGAGAAGCCAAUGAUGUCUUGGUGGAAAACAACCAGGAUUCAUGGCUCCUCCCUUGCUGGUCACUUAAACACCACUGGUGUUGUUGUUUGUUGGUCUCAGACAGUGGUCUGCAGCUUGGCAGACGUCUCUCCUCUGUGACACGCCAUCCACUGUCCCCUCCACCUCCCAGUGUCAAAGUACGUCACGCAAUUAACAUUAAUCUGAUUCAUAUGAAAUGUGUAAAUGUAACAUAUUGGUGGUUUGCAGAAAUAAUGCCAAUGUUAUUUUCUGGUGACUUGGCUGAACAGAAGCAGUCAUAUACAAGUCAAAGGGGUCCACUUUUAACAACAGCAAAACUGUAUCACAACAUCAGAUUACAAACGCUUUGCAAACACGUUACCGUUUAAAACUGAGCUGAAGUCAGAUUUUUCCAUGCUCUCUUCGAAGCCAGACUCCACCGACAAACCAGUAAUUUUACCUCUCUGAACACAGGAGCUGCUGGUCUACUGCUGCCUCCAUCAGUUAGUUUGUUUGUAUGAC